AUGGAGAGGUACGAGACGGUGAGGGACAUCGGCUCGGGGAAUUUCGGCGUGGCGAGGCUGAUGCGCAACAAGGAGACGAAGGAGCAGGUCGCCAUGAAGUACAUCGAGAGGGGCCGCAAGGUCGAUCAGAUCGGUUCCCCGUCCAAUCUCCCUCCUCCGUCGUCUUUCCAGUCCCACUGUUUCCUCCCUGGAUUUGUUUCCUUAUUCUCGUCUCCUCCUCCCCUUCCUUCUUGCUGCAGAUCGACGAGAACGUGGCGAGAGAGAUCAUAAAUCACCGAUCUCUGCGGCAUCCCAACAUCAUCCGCUUCAAAGAGGUGAGUGAUCCAGGAUCGCCGCCAGAGGCCUCCCUUGCUCCUUCCCCCUCCCCCGUUUGACAGGCGUCGAUCGUAGCUUAGAGACGGUACGAAUUUCCUGUGUAAAAGGAUUGUUCUCUCGCACGAGCAGGUGGUGCUGACGCCGACGCAUCUGGCCAUCGUGAUGGAGUACGCCGCCGGUGGCGAGCUUUUCGAGCGCAUCUGCAGCGCCGGGAGGUUCAGCGAGGACGAGGUAUCUUCCCCCCUCGCUCCGUCUCUCCAAUUUUAUUUUUCCAUUUUUAGCUAGUUGCUUUGAAAUUUGUUGAAAACCCCAUUUUCUGAUCUUUCAUAUGCAAACCCCCCCUCCCUCCCUCUCUCUGGCAACUUCCAGGCGAGAUACUUCUUCCAGCAGCUCAUCUCCGGGGUCAGUUACUGUCAUCACAUGGUACGCCUCCGCGCGAUCAGAUAAGCAAAAAGUAGAGGUGAGAAGGGAAGAAAAAAAAUUAACAGGGGUCAUCAUUCUAAUUUACCCUUUCAGCAAAUAUGCCACCGGGACCUGAAGCUGGAGAACACGCUGCUGGAUGGGAGCCCGGCGCCCCGCCUGAAGAUCUGCGAUUUCGGCUAUUCCAAGGUCGGAUCCCCAUCGAACCUCUCACAUAAUCCGUUGCAUCGUGCGCGUUUUGGAACCGCAAUUCGCUGAGCUUUUCCUUCCUGGCCUUCUCUUCUCCUUCCGUGGCCAACGGAACGAUCAACAGUCGUCGCUCCUUCACUCGCGGCCCAAGUCGACGGUUGGCACGCCAGCGUACAUCGCACCGGAGAUCCUAUCCCGCCGGGAGUACGAUGGCAAGGUGAGCCGAUCGUCUCAACACCUGAGGCGCUCGAUCUGUGUUUGUGAGCGGGACUAUUUCCUUUUCGAUCCGCAACCUCAUUAAAUUUCCUUAUUUAUCGGUGAUUUUCUUCAGACUCGCUAAAAAAGAGUUACAUUCGGGGGGGUUAGGAUUGUCGAAUAAAAUAUUUCUAUUAUGAUUUUGUCUAUGCAUCCAUUCAAUCUUAUCUGAAAUUUAUGCAUAAGGUGAUAAAAGGGAUAGGGUUGAAGGGAUUGCCCAGGUCGCCGGAAGGUGCCGGCUGCUUCCGAGCCGCUUCAUCUCCUUGCCACCUGCCAUGGCGGCACGUAGAAAAAGACCCGACUCUCCACAGCAUUUUUUCAGAGUACUGAAUUCCGGUUCUGUUUGGGUUGGGGGGAAGGCUAGAAAUCGUUGUUGGAAUUCGUCUUCCUACCGCAAUCAAUGGUCCCACUUUCUUUCAAAGAUUCGAUCCUCCGCUGGUUUUGGGUUGAGCCAGGGGUGUUUGAUUUGGAUACAUGGCCCCCUGUCAAGCGAGUAGUGGGGGCGGCGGCGAACGGUCUCCGACGGCGACGGCGGCCGGCCGGCGGGCCCGGGACCCGCCUGAGAGUGUUAUUUUCUGAACUGUCUCGCAUCUGUCGUCAUUCCUUCACUUGAAAUCAUCUAUAUGCCCCUUGCGGAUGCCUCUGAAGCCGCAUACUUUUCUAGAAGGUCAGAGGCCGUGGAUAUGAUGAACAUCUUCCUUGAGCUCGUGAUUUUUAUUUGACCGCCGUAGAUUAAAUCACAGAAACAAGAGUUUGUGCUCCGUCGAAUCAUCUUCUGAUUUCGAGACCCUUAAUAUUUUUGCACCCAUUGACGCCCUCCUUUCCCUGUUCUUGCGUGGUUCUCCGAGAUCAGCUCGCAGAUGUCUGGUCUUGCGCGGUGACCCUCUACGUCAUGCUGGUCGGAGCGUACCCCUUUGAAGACCCGAAUGACCCGAAGAACUUCAGGAAGACGAUCGGAGUACGUAUUCCAUCUCCAAUGUCUCUUCUUCCCCUCGCGAGAUCUCCUUCUUUCUUCUAUUCUAAUCUCUGAACUAGCUCUUCUUUCAUGCCAGCGUAUAAUGGCGGUCCAGUACCGGAUUCCAGAUUACGUUCACAUCUCCAACGAUUGCAGGGACCUGCUGAAGCGCAUCUUCGUGGCCAGCCCGUCCAGAGUACGUGAUCUAAACACACUCCAACAAAGAUUAUACUGGUUUAGAUUAUACCACCUUGCAGAAUACCCUGCCAUCCUUUGUAAAUAGUCGGGUUCUCAGCAAGCCAGACUGCGCCUCCCAAAUCCCUGACCCCGAAACCAACCAAACCUGAGAAAAAGUCAGAAAAAUGGGCCUCAAGAUGAGAGAGAGAGAGAGAGAGAGGAGGGUGAACAUGGGACAGCCAAGUGGCGAGGGAGUGGACUUUAGGGUAUGAUCCGGGUCCUAUCGAUUACCAGACCCAGUCAGUCUCCAUGGUUGUUGGAUGAGAUCUGUUUUACGCAAGAUAUUGACUUUUUCCCAUGAUAGUCUAUUUAUCUAUUUUGAGGACUGAGUUUGGAUAGAAAGAAAAAUUUGUCAGACCCUAGACUUAACCGGGUCAAGAUAUUGACUUUUUUGGGGAAACAAGUCGGAGAACUCGGAAGAGUAUCGUCGCUGAAAAAAACCCACGGAUAUUUCCCCCGUGGACCCACUGAUUCGCUUGUUUCUCGUCUUAUAUGCCUGAUUGUUUCCGAUUCCAGAGGAUAACAAUAAGGGAGAUAAAGAAGCAUCCUUGGUUCUUGAAGAACCUGCCGAGGGAGCUCACGGAGUCUGCACAGGCGAUAUACUACCAGAGGAACCCCAACGCCCCCAGCUACUCCCUCCAGAGCGUGGACGAGAUCAUGAAGAUAGUCUCAGAGGCGAGGAUGACCCUGCCGUCGUCGAAGACGAUCUCGGGCUUCGGCUGGGCCGCCGAUGUGGACGACGAGGACGGGGAAGAAGAAGAAGAAGACGGCAGGAGGAGGUCCAAGGAGGAGGAGGAGAAGGAGGCCCACCGAGAAGAAGACGACGACGAUGACGACGACGACGACGACGAGUACGAUAAGCGGGUCAAGGAGGUACGCGCCAGCGGAGAAUUUCGUCUCAGUUAG